GAUGAUGAAGCGAAAACCCUUCUUCUAGACCCUGCAUUUUCAAUUUUGUUAUGAAUUGCGGAAAAAAUAAAUUUUUAUAAAAAUGUCAACUGUUAAGCAUACAACAGAACGAGCACUCCAAUUAAUGCGUCAACUGCCACGCGUUAAAUUAAACAAUAUAAGAAACAAUCCAGGAGCUUAUAAGACUCAAAAGCGAGGAAGAGCUCAACAUGGCGGUGAUAAACAUGGAGAUGGAAUGAAGUCUCAUUGUAAUUAUAUGAGAUUAGGAUAUGAAACUGGAAACACUCCAUUUUAUCUCAGAUUUACCUACGAGUCAUAUUAUAAAGAUCACCACCUUCGACGAGAAUAUCCUCCGAUAUCACUGAAUCAAUUACAAACUAUGAUAGACACAGAUAGAAUCGACACUACAAAACCAAUUGAUUUAGCAACAAUUUGUUUAACUGGUCUUUACGAUUUCUUUCCUGAUCAACGACAAUAUGGUUAUCAGCUAACAGAUGAAGGUGCAAACAUCUUUAAAACAAAAGUGAAUAUUGAAGUUCAACAUGCAAAUGAAUUAGUGAUUGCGACAAUUGAGAAGAACGGCGGAGUCAUUCGAACAGCUUAUUUCGAUCCUUAUUCUCUUCAAGCUCUUCGUAAUCCAAAAAAGUUUUUCGAAAGAGGAGUACCAAUUCCAAGACGAAUGAUUCCACCACAAGAUGCCAUCGAAUACUAUUCGAAUCCUAAAAAUCGAGGAUAUCUCGCCGAUCCCGAAGCAAUUUCUCACGAACGUUUAGUGCUGGCACAAAAGUACGGCUAUGAACUGCCGAAAAUUGAAGACGAUGUUGACUAUGAAAUGUUGAGUGAAACAAAAGAUCCACGACAAAUUUUCUACGGACUUGAACCUGGAAUCGUUGUGAACUUAGAAGAUAAAUCAAUAAUCAGAAAAAGAGAAAAUUAA